UGUGUUGGGAUCGAGGCUAUUGACGAGCCGGGCGCCAUUGAUUGUAUCUGGCCGCAUCGUUUCAUGUGUUUCUCAUUAUUGUGAUUGUAAAUAUUCAACUGGCGUAGCAAUGGAGCAAGAAGCUGAAAUUCAAGAUCCCGUAGAAGAAGAGGAGGAGGAAGAAGAUAGCACAGAGAGCACUAAAGAAUCUACGCCAGAUAGCACGGAGACACCCCCGGUGCCUGGGACCAGAGGUGGAGGUGAUUCAUCCGAAUAUGACACCAAACUGGACUUGGACCGUGGCAAGCGCUUCGACUACCUGCUUCAGCAGACGGAAAUUUUUGCGCAUUUCAUGACUACCAGCAGCGCAGCAAAAGGCGUCACGUCACCACUCAAGCUCAAACCUGGUCGGCCCAAGCUCAAGAAGAAUGAUGAAAAGGCAAAACUUGCAGCUAUGGGAGAUCUUCGCCAUCGCAUGACAGAACAGGAGGAGGACGAGGAACUCAUGUCCGACAGCCGACGGAAGGAAAUUGUGUUGACCAGGUUUGAAGAAUCUCCCUCCUACAUCAAAGGAGGACAGUUGCGUGACUAUCAAGUGCGAGGCCUCAACUGGAUGAUCUCCCUCUACGAGCAUGGCAUCAACGGAAUCCUUGCGGAUGAAAUGGGUCUGGGAAAGACCCUGCAAACAAUCUCGCUUCUGGGUUACAUGAAGCACUACCGCAACAUUAAUGGGCCUCACAUGGUCAUCGUCCCCAAGUCCACCCUGGCCAACUGGAUGAGUGAAUUUAAUAGGUGGUGCCCUUCUCUGCGCAGCGUCUGCUUGAUUGGAGACCAAGAAACAAGGGCGGCAUUGAUCCGCGACACGCUGAUGCCCGGCGAAUGGGACGUCUGCGUCACAUCCUACGAAAUGGUCAUCCGAGAAAAAGCUGUCCUCAAGAAGUUCAAUUGGCGCUACCUGGUCAUUGAUGAAGCGCACAGGAUCAAAAAUGAAAAGUCAAAGCUGUCCGAAAUUGUGCGAGAGUUCAAGACCACUAACCGUCUGCUGCUGACGGGAACACCCCUGCAGAACAACCUGCAUGAGCUGUGGGCGCUGCUCAACUUUCUUCUUCCUGAUGUCUUCAACUCUUCCGAGGACUUUGAUGCAUGGUUCAACACCAACAACUGCUUGGACGACACAAACCUAGUAGAACGACUGCACGCUGUCUUACGGCCUUUCCUACUGCGUCGGCUCAAGUCCGAAGUGGAGAAGCGUCUUCUGCCAAAGAAAGAAGUGAAGGUGUACGUUGGUCUCUCAAAGAUGCAGCGUGAGUGGUACACAAAGUGUCUGCUCAAGGACAUUGAUGUUGUCAACGGUGCCGGAAAGGUGGACAAGAUGCGUCUGCUCAACAUCCUCAUGCAGCUGCGCAAGUGCUGCAACCACCCAUACCUCUUCGACGGUGCCGAGCCUGGCCCCCCGUACACAACGGACGAACACAUUGUGUACAACUGUGGCAAGAUGGUGAUUUUGGACAAGCUGUUGCCCAAACUGAAGAGCCAAGGUUCGCGAGUGCUCAUUUUCUCCCAGAUGACCCGCAUGCUGGACAUCCUGGAAGAUUAUUGCCUCUGGCGUCGCUACGGUUACUGUCGCCUCGACGGGCAAACCCCGCAUGAGGAGAGAACGCUUUCAAUCAACGAAUACAACAGACCAGGCAGCGAGAAGUUCCUGUUCAUGCUGUCGACCCGCGCAGGAGGCCUGGGAAUCAAUUUGGCCACCGCGGACGUCGUCAUACUCUUCGACUCGGACUGGAAUCCGCAAGUGGACCUCCAGGCCAUGGACCGCGCUCACCGUAUUGGGCAGACCAAGGCCGUGCGAGUCUUCAGACUUAUCACGGAGAACACGGUAGAAGAACGUAUCGUGGAGCGGGCUGAGGUGAAGCUGCGGCUGGAUACGGUGGUCAUUCAGCAGGGUCGGCUAGUGGAUGCCCAAGCCAAACUAGGCAAAGAAGAAAUGUUGGGCAUGAUUCGUCACGGUGCUGACCACAUCUUUGCUUCGAAGGACAGCGAGAUCACAGACGAAGACAUCGACGCCAUUUUGGAGAAGGGCGAGAGGAAGACGGAAGAACUCAAGAACAAAUUAGAAUCUCUCGGAGAGGGAUCGCUACGGAACUUCACCCUGGAUACUCCGCAAGAGUCCGUGUACAAGUUCGAGGGUCAGGAUUAUCGAGAGAAGCAGAAGAGCGGUGGACUGAACUGGAUUGAACCCCCAAAGCGGGAGCGCAAAGCCAACUAUGCGGUUGACGCGUAUUUCAGGGAGGCCCUGCGCGUGAGCGAGCCCAAAGCGCCUAAGGCACCUAGGCCGCCCAAACAGCCAAACAUCCAGGACUUCCAGUUCUUUCCACCACGUCUUUUCGAGCUGCUGGACAAGGAGAUCUACUACUACCGCAAAACAAUCGGAUACAAAGUGCCCAAGAACCCAGACCUCGGUGCCGACGCUUCCAGGAUCCAGCGCGAGGAACAGGCAAAGAUCGACGACUCCGAACCGCUCUCAGAGGAUGAACUCGCCGAGAAGGAAAAGCUGUUGACGGAGGGCUUCACCAACUGGGCGCGUAGGGAUUUCAACCAGUUCAUCAAGGCGAAUGAAAAGUACGGCCGAGACGACAUUGAGAGCAUCGCGAGAGAGGUUGAAGGAAAGACACCCGAGGAAGUGAUGGAGUACUCGGCAGUCUUUUGGGAACGCUGCCACGAGUUGCAGGACAUUGAACGUCUAAUGGCUCAGAUCGAGAAGGGGGAGGCGAGGAUCCAGCGGAGGGCUUCCAUCAAGAGAGCGCUGGAUGCCAAGAUGGCACGCUAUCGGGCGCCCUUCCACCAGCUGCGCAUAGCAUAUGGGACGAACAAGGGGAAGAACUACACGGAGGAAGAGGACAGGUUCUUGGUCUGCAUGCUGCAUAAGCUUGGAUUUGACAGGGAAAACGUAUACGAUGAACUGCGUGCGGCCAUUAGGCAGGCCCCACAGUUCCGCUUUGAUUGGUUCAUCAAGUCUCGCACAGCUGCUGAGCUGCAGCGACGGUGCAACACUCUUAUCACCUUGAUUGAACGUGAAAACCAGGAGCUGGAAGAGAAGGAAAAGGCGGAAAGGAAACGCAGGGGAGGGGGACGUGCGACCACGCCCAAGGGAAAACGAAAGCUGGAUGGAACUCCAGAUAGUCGUAAAAAGAAGAAAGUGAAACAGUAAUUGGGGUGAUGCCACGCCAGGCCUCACUGUACAUAGUACUGUAUGUACUACGGAGAUUCAGUCACACAUAUUUAUUGUAUUCCAUGGCAUGAAACAGGCAAGCAUGUAUUGCGACUCAUUCCAUUAAAGAUAAACAAAAUGAA